CACAGCCCAGCCUGCAUUGGCAAAACGAGUGCCAUACAAACGCCAUACGUGCGCGCUGAACACGUCAAGCAGCCAUUUUGCAAGCCAACAACUGCUGCUGCCAGCAACACGCACGGCGCCGUCGUACGAGGCGCACGCAGAGCCCUCUCAGGGAGAGGCUGCUCAGAGAUGGCCUACAAAGUCGCCAAGAGCGAGGCCCCCCGCCUCUUCGCCUUCAUCAAACGGCUACAGUUCUCCUUCGACCCCUUCAGUACCGAAAGCACGGCGGUCCGCGAGGCCUGGCGCCAACUGACGUCGCCGACGCUCCAAGCCGCGAACCCGAAAUGUAAAGUGGACGUGAUAUCCGCGCGCGGCGUCGCGCCGGCCAUGGAAGCGGAGUUCGUGGACGGCGCCACGCGCCCCAUCGCGGCGUCCGGCGCCGCCGCGAAUUUAGUGGGUGAGCUCUACCGCACCGCGCACUCGAUUUCCCUCGAUUAUGCCCUGAAAGGGAAGCCGCCACCGACAUAACAUACAUAAAA